UCUUCUGACCUGUAGGCCAAGCACGAAUAUCUAACGUAUUCGUAUCGACAAUGUAUCGAGGCCUCGAUUCGAAAACGGAGUCUGUCGAUAGUAGGCAGCACGAACCACAUUCGAAGCACUAUCGAACACUCGAUUCGAAUUCUAAUGUGACGUCAUGCAAAUGUAAAUAGGGACGCGCCAUAGUGAGCAAAAUGAACGAAUGUUGAAUGAAUCGUGCGUUCGAAAACUAACUCUAGUUAUUAAUAUUUUUUUCACCUUUGAUUAAACGUUUUAUUAUUAUUAAAUUAUAAUAAAAACUGAAUGUUAUAUAAAGAAGAGACCCAAAGUUAAUUAUUAGACAUUAUAAAAUGGCAUUAUCUUUAGCAAUAUAACAUAGUUACGGAGAUUUUUUUUUUUUAAAUGACGUGUACCGAACGCACCCACUUGACAUCCGACGCGCGUAAUGGCGCCAAAUUUGUUUAUGUUUUGCUAGACAACAAAAGUAUUUCUGUUUUUUUUUUGGUACAAAGUGCUUUUAAUAUAAUAAAUAAUUAUGCGAACCAGUCAGACGCAGUAUGAAAUGAUGGUGGAAUUCAUGGAAGCGUGAGUAAACAGUUUUAAUAAGUUUGAGUGGCAUAAACUUUAGUGUGAAGUAUUUUAAGUGCAAUGCUAUUUCUAUUCCAGAAACGGAGAUUUGUCAAAACCUUCAGGCGGCCCACGAGGUCGCAAUUUCAUAAAUAUGAAAUGGAAGGAGUUGUCAAAUCAAUUAAAUAGUGAAGGCACAGGCGAAUCAAGGUCUGAGGAGAAAUGGCGCAAGGUGUGGAGCGAUUACAAAAAUAAUUGCAAGAAGAAGUGUGCCAAAAUUAAUAGGGCUGCUAGUGGCACUGGUGGAGGGCCAGCACUUCAAUUAUCCUUGACUGAUUUAGAAAACCGAGUCAUGCAGAUAAUUGGAGUGCAGGCAGCUACUGGCUUGGUGGUGGAAGAAGCAGGGUUUCAACGGGAAGCUGCUGAAAUUUCUCAACCAUCAGAGAUGAGAGUUCCUGAUGCACAUGUGGAUGACUAUGAAAUAGAUUGGAAUAUUCCGGGCACAAGUAGUCAGCCAACAGUGGCUCCCCCUAGACCGCCGAGUCCACGAGAUGAAACCCCUGUUCUCCCAUCCACUGAGGCACAUCCUCCAUCUCCUCAAAUACAUGAAGAGGAGAUGUGGAAACCACCACCACAAAAAAAAGCCAAACAACAUAUAGGAAAAAUGUUUUUAGAAGCAGAUAGAAAGGCAAAGGAGUAUGCUAGAGAGCGUGAUAGGGCCUAUGAAGAAUUAGAGAAAGAGCGGUUGCGGAUUAGGACAGAAGAAUUGAGAGUUAGAGAAUUAGAGGUGAAAGAAAGGGUGAGACAAAGAGAUGAUGAAUUGAGAGUGAGAGAAUUAGAGAUGCAUGAAAGGGUGAGACAAAGAGAUGAUGAAUUGCGAUUACAGGCUAAAUGGUUGGACUUUAUGAAAGAGGCUAUGGAAGUUUUUGUAAGGUGUAUGGAAAAAAAAACUUAGAUUAAGGUUAUUUUUUAAUUGUUAUAAAAAUGCAAUUUUUAAAAUUAUUAAUAAAGAAUUAAAGUUA